AUGGCAUCAUCAGAUGAGAUAGAACAUUGUCCAAUAAAUGACUUUCCUGAGCUCAUCUUAGUUCAAAUAUUUUCUCAUUUAUCAAUCGAUGAACGACCUGCUUUAGAAGAAACAUGUAAAUUAUGGUAUAAUAUUUUACGAAAUUCUCAUCAACUUGCAUUUAGUUGUGUGAUAAAAUUGCAUGCACUUGUUGAAGAUCUAAUUAAUCCAAAUCAAACACGACUUGGUCGUGUUUUACCACGAUGGACACGGCAAACUCAAGAUCACCAGAAAAAUGUGAAACCUAUUGAUCCAAGACCAUAUGGAUAUAUUCAACAAUAUUUAAAACGAUUUCGUACGAAUAUUAAAUAUUUAUAUAUUGAUGUUGAACAACAUGAUCCUUCAUGUCGUUAUGUUCUUUGUCAACUUUUAACACUUUUUGGCCCUGAGCAAUGUCCACAGGGUAGACAAAUUCGUUCCUUUCGUUUACGAUUUAUUAGUCAUAAUCCGUUACUAAUGCCAUCUUUGGAUAUAACUCAAGCAUUACGAACAUUUUUUCAAUACGAUUCUUCGAAAAAUCGUCGUGAAUCUCUUGUUUCAUGUGAUUUAUCUGGCCUUAUGAUAUCAUUAGAUGAUGAUACAGUUUUAAUAUUGACUAAAAAUAAUCCAUAUUUACGUAAAUUAAAUCUACAAGAUCAAUGUCUAGUUUGUAGAUUGAGUCAAUUUUGUAUUUUAAAAAUAAUUGAUACUCUUGACGAACUUGAAGAUUUAUGGGUUGAUAUGAUAUCAUUAUCAGAUGAAUUUAUUAUAAUGCUGAGUGGGAAUGAUGAUGAACAACAAAUAUUUAGAAAAUCAAAUAUCAAACAUUUAGGUAUAAGAAUAAGACGAGAAGAAAAAUUUUCAGACGAAAUCGAUGCAAAAUUAUGGCAAAAAUUACAUGAAAAAUAUCCUCAUUUAAAAGUGACAUUGAACUUUGGUAUAACAACGCCGCUCCAUCGCAUUCGAGCUUAUAUGAAACCUGAUUUACAAUUACAAGUGCAAACAUUAAUUAUUAAUACACCAAUUCCAGUAGCUGAUGAACUUUGUUUAGCAGCAAACAGUUUUGGUGAUACUUUAGAACAUGUUUAUGUUCAUACGUCUGGGCAAUGGGCUGCAAUGACACGAACGCCAGCAUUUAAUCAAGCUGUUAUGUAUUUAGCGUAUAAAUGUGUUCAUUUACAAUCACUUCAUGUUGAUGUUGCACUUAGCGAAGACACAAUUGAAGAAAUUUAUCAGUUACAUCCACACUUGAAAAAAUCUGGUGCAAGUAAACUUCUUAUCACUGAUAGUCCAACACACAUUAUUAAUCCAGAAGAUAUGGGCGAAUUGUUUGGAUGA